AUGUUCUGGUUCGUAUUCUUAGCGGCCUCAGCUGCUGCUUUUAUUUUGUCAUAUGGUUUUGUUAAUCGAUACUUAUCAUUUAAGACACACAAGAAUAGUUGUCCAUUUGUAUUGUUGACUUUGUUGGCAAAUAUGUUUGUUUUACUCUCGAUAACAUAUCUAUUACCAUUGGAUGUUUUCUAUUCAGCUCAGGUAGAAGAUUCAGGGCCUCCUAAUGAUGACAAGGUCGAGAAAAGGGAAUAUUUUACGUACAGCGAUAAAAUUAGAAGAGAUACAGGGUUGGAAGAGCCAAAUAUACCUAGUUUUGUAACUGUAUGGUCAGUUAUUUACUGGCUGGAGUUUGUUAUUUCUUGGUUUAUUUUUCCUGUGUUGAUCUCAUAUCUGGAUCUUAAGUACCUGUUCCCUAGGAGAUCUGAUGAGCCAUCUAGAAGGAGGAUAUUGAGGAGGAUACGGGAGGCACUUAUAUGUAAUAUUAAGUUUUAUGGGAUGUGCGCUGCCGGUAUUGUGGGCGGUUUGAUAUACUUGAAAAUCACCACGAAUCGUGGAUUUAGCGAUUUUAAACCAUUGGUUAUUUCAUUGACCCAUUUGUAUUCAUUACUCUACAUGUUGGUAUUAUUAGCAACUGGGCUGGUUUCGAUGCCCAAGUCCUUACUUCUGGAAAAGAAUGAUGAGAUCGAGUUGUUUGUGAAGUUGAGUCAAAACAAUGAUGACUUGAACGAUGCUAAAUUGAACAUGACAGACAAUGCAGAGAGAAUUCUCUCUAUAUCUGCGGUUGCCAGUACUGAUGAAGCGGUUAAUCAGGUCAUUGACGCUUGUAAGCGGGAAGUCCAGGUUACGAUCAACGAGACGAAAAUACAUAUUCCUGAUCUACCAAGCAGCAAUAAUCAGAAUCACAUCAGCUUGAAAAAGCUUAAUGAUCUUUAUAAUGACUUUAUUUCCGCGUACUAUAACUAUGUCUACCACCAAAGCCGUUCCGAUACCAUUAUACACACGUUAGUCAGUUCCCAGAGUAACUCUACAUCAAUGCCAUUCAUAAUUACUAAAAAGGCUGCUGGUGCUGUGUCUCUGUUAUUAUCUUUGCUUAUAGUGCUGCUAGAAGUAACACCCACAGAAUUUGCACAUAGUUGGCUGUUUUGGGGGAACACAUGGAAGCAUUUUGGUUUGGAGAUGACGCUUUUAAUAUACUGCACACUAUGCUCUUUGUUUUCCCUAAGCAAAUUUAAGUUCCAGAACUUUCAUAUAAUUCCUAAUGGAAACAGCAAUCCAAGAAAUACAUUAUACUACUCGCUUUAUUCCAGCCGGUUAUUGGUACCCUUAUGCUUCAAUUUUAUCACUCUAAUACCACGAAAAGGUCAUUCAGUUAAGAGCGGCUUCGAAAAAGUACUAUACAAAGAAUUGGAAGUUAUUUCUUUGGUUAAUUAUCUCAACUUGUACCUACCGAUCAUAACGAUGAUCUUCGUGCCCAUAUUUUACUACUUCAAUCUGAAGGAAAAGAUUCUAUUGCAUAUUUUAGGUGAAGAGUAUUACUAUGAGUUUUUUGGUAUGAAUUACGACACUCCUGUAGCAAAUAGAUGCAGCGGUAGUGGCUCACUUUCAGACGGCUUACUAACGGAUCCCCAUAGGACACGUAUUGGUGAAGACCUUGAGUAUUCUCUGCAGGAUGGAAGGUACUUGUUUGAAAGGGCUACAAAUAACUACGUGGCCGGUUCGGGUGCCAAUAGACACUUCAUUAUUCCUUGA